GACUGAAGUCUUUGCUUGCCACCUGUGGUGCUGGCUUCCAGCGCAUGUUGACGGCCCCUGCCGCACUCUUGGUGGGUGAGGUCCCGUGGCUUGUGCCGCCUGUGCCGCCUGUCUCGCGCCAGAAACGCCAUGGCGCUGCUGGCAGCGCUACAGCUGCCGGGCGAGGCUGAGAGCUGCCGGAGGUUCUGCCACGAGGCGCUGCAAACGCGGCAUGUGGGCCCUGUGGAGCAACGACAGCUGUAUGAGCGACUGCCCUGGUUAAUGCAGCGGCUGCAUGGAUGGUUCUCUUUAUCCAAUCCGGGCUUAGAGGAGGCGAUUCUCAGAACCUUUCAUCCACAGGGGCCCUUGAGCCCCCUCUUCGCCGCGAUGGAGACGCCCGGCUUCGUCUUCCCCUUGAGGAAGUUGCCUCCACGAACGCUACAGACAGUCUUAAUGGCUUCCAACCGCAGCUUCUUCAGCGCCCAAAAUCCACAGGACUUGAGACACUUCGAGGACCUGAACCAGUCGCUGUUGGCCUUGCUGGGCGUGAAUCGCUUGGCGCGAACCUCCGGCGGCGAUCUGGAGGGCUUGGUGCUCAACGCGCAGGAGUUCGUGCUCAUGACGCUGGUUUACUACUUGGUGGCAGAGCCCCCGGCACCCAGCAAGGCACCCCUCACCAGCACGACACCGGUUGGCAGCGUCCCUGGCGCCGUCACCUCGAGCGCCGCGCCCGGGACGUCCGGUGGAAGCACUGCACCCAGUGGGAGCGCUGCAGCCGGGUGGUCGGGGAGUGCGAGCGGGAGCCGGUCUAGGCCGCAAGCCACGGUGAGUUCGACCUAUGAGAGGUUGCUGCUGGCGCAUUUGCAUGCAUACCUGCCACAUCGGCAGUAUGAAGUGGCACGAGCCCAGGAGUCGCGAAGUGCCCUGCUCUUGACGCGGCUCUUCCAUGAGUUCCUCAUCGAGCAAAGCCCCUCCCAUUCCUCAGCCUCUUCGGUCUUACAGUGCUUCGGAGAUGCGCGGCUCCAGCCCGCGGCUCUCCAUGCCGUGCGCCUGGUGCUGCUCCAUGUGCUGGCGAACCCGUGCCUCCGACAAGGCUGUGAGGAGACGGCGGAACGCUUGAUGUGGGGCCGCGCGGGCGGCGCGCGCAUCACGCGCGAGCUCGCGCUUCUGGGUCCGGCCGUGGUGCAGAUGCUUUGCGAACUACUCCGGAAGCUCCAGUCGCAGAAGGAAGUGGGGCUGGAGGCCAUUAGCUCGCUUACUCGCCUGUGGCUUAUCCUGCUGCAGCCCUGGAAGGCCCCGCGGCUCCAUGAGUGGUAUGGCACGCUCCGCCCCUGUGAGCCGCGCCUGGAACCUCCAGCGUCCCGUUCCGCAGCUUCCAGCCUUCUGGACCGCAGCACUCGCCCUGUGGAUGUGGCCCUUCUGGGCCUGGAGCCGGAGGUGUCGGGCGAGCCGCCGGUGCCACAGGUGCCCAAGCGCUUCCUCGAGGAGGACACCAACCUCGCGGUGCACGCGUCCACGCGCCUCGCCGCCGCCGCGGGGCUGACCUCGGCGGCGGUGACGCUGGCGUCCACGGCGCAGGCGUCCACGGCGCUGGUGCCCGGGGAGGGUGAUGCCAUGAGCUGGAGGAGCUAUGUCGGCGGCUUCCAAGGUGCCUACUUCCUCCUGGAGGCCAUCCUCACCACCCCUCUCCAUUCCGAGCUUUGCUUAGAGCUUUGCCGCUUUGCAGCCGGCGAUCGGGGCGCUUGGCUGGCGCGUGCCCGCGACACGACCGCCCGGGCAGCAGGGGGCAACUGGGGCAAUGCGCCCGCGCCCACGGCACAGCAGCUGUUGCGUCAGCGCAAUGCCAUCCAGGCAUUGAAGACCUUGGCACAGACGCUGCUUUGUUUCAGUGACCCGCAGCUCUUGCAGGUUCUGCGGGAAGGUCAGCCCCAGCUGGGCCUUUGGUUGCAGGAACAUGGCCUCUUGCUAGAGCUCCCUAUGAGGCCUAUUUUUGAGGAGUCGCUCCCUCCUCCCCAGCUGCUCUCAGCCGUCGCCCUGACCUGGGCCGCUUUGCUGGGUGCGGCAUCAGUGACUGAGCUGCAACCACUGCUGGCAGCGGUGUCUCGGCAGCUGCAACACGCCCAGCCCUGGGCACAGCAGGCCUUCCCAGCGCUCGAGGAAACCAACAAGCACAAGCCUUUCGCCGAGAUGGUCUUGAAGGAAUUUGGCCAAUGGACCGCACCAGAUGCAGCCAGCCGCCCAAUGCAGACGCCCAGCGCGCCAAGUGCAAUGCCAGCACUGGAGUUCGCUGGAUCCGAAUGGCAACGCCCCAUCCGCGGAGGGGAACUGGAACAGCUCCUCGUGGUGGCCUACUACUUGGCCAACGCCAUCGAUCGGAUGUUGGGUCGCGGCCCUCGGCUCACGCCCUGUGGGCCGGUGCCGCAAACGGAGUGGCCGCGGAUGUUCGGGAACUGGAAGUUCUCACUGGUCCUUUGCCUCGCCUCGCUCUUCGCCGUCCUGUGGUGAGGUGGUCGGCGGGUCCUCACAUAUGAGGAAAAGAUUGCGCUUACGUAGAAUCGGAACGCUGGGUUGCGGCCGCGUCAGCUUUUUUGGGA